CACUUUUCCAUCCUAUGUUAGACAUCAAUUGAAUGACAAGUCACUGAAGAUUUAUGUACAAAGUGAUACCAUAAGAAUUGAGAUACUUUCAAACGAAGCCUCCAAAGGUGUUGACUGUUGAUCAGGACCAGGCAAGAAUUAGGACCGAUACGUCUUACAUGUCCGCCAUGGAAGAUCGUCUUUAAUUUUGACAAGAAGAUGUGCCACGCCGACUCUGCAUUCAUAUCUUCAUUAGCGACGAUGCAUAAGUUGGCUGUCUUGGUAGCCGUCAUCUCCGCAGCUUCAAAGUCAUUCGCUCUCAAUUUAGGUUCGUGCAACGCAUCGCUCGGCCUUGAAUCGGGCUACAUCAAAGAUGCGGCCAUCACGGCUAGUUCAUCUUAUGAUGCCAGCAACGUCGGACCUCAGUUCGCUCGAUUAAACAAGGACAAAAAUGGAGGAGCGUGGUGCCCCAAACAGCAAGUGAUGCGCGGAGUCAAAGAAUGGAUUGAAAUUGACCUCAAAACGAUGCACGUCAUUUCAGCUAUCCAAACGCAGGGUCGCUUCGGCAAUGGACAAGGUCAGGAGUACGUUGAACAUUUUAAAAUUGAAUAUUGGCGACCCGGAAUGGAACGCUGGGUCCGCUAUAGAAAUCAAACGGGCGUUGAAAUUUUCACAGGCAAUACCAACACCUACAUGGUGACAUCAAAUGAUUUAAGCCCAGUUAUACUCGCAGCCAAGAUCCGGAUCGUCCCGCAUUCUAUACAUCGCAGAACAGUCUGCCUUCGGCUAGAACUUUCCGGCUGUCAGUUCGAAGACGGAGUUGUUAGCUAUUCAGCUCCUCAAGGCGAUGUUUUCCGUAGCGUUGACCUAAUCGAUGAAAGUUAUGACGGAAUAAUAGAAAAUGGAUUUCUAAAGGGUGGACUAGGCCAGCUCACCGAUGGACGCAUUGGAAGUCACGGCGUCGAUGAUUUUGGUUACGAAUGGGUCGGCUGGCAAAAUAAAACGAUCGUGCCUCGUCUCAGUCCCUUAGAACUGACUUUCGAAUUCCAGGGGGUCCGUAACUUCUCGCGAAUCGAUGUCUUUGCCAACAACGACUUCCACAAAAACAUCCAGGUGUUUUCGGAGUUGCGAGUUCUGUUCAGCAUCGGUGGUCGCCAGUUUCCUUCCAGCAGCAGCGUCAUUUAUUCCUACAUGCCCGACCGUUUCCUGGCCAAUGCCCGCAACGUAUCGAUCCAUCUCGGCUUUAAAAUGGCACGUUAUCUCAAACUACAAUUUACGUUCGCUGCGGAGUGGCUUGUCAUCUCGGAGUUGUACUUUACGUCUGAACAAAUCGAUGGAAACUUUAGUGAUGACGUUCGAGUCAGGGGACGCCAAACGGACGAGGGAUUCUUACAGCGGGACGCAGUUGCUCACAUCAAAACGUCAGAAAUCGAAGACAAUAUUUUGGCCGAAAGUGACAGUUACACGGGAAUUAUUAUCGGGGUCAUGACUUCAAUCAUCGUUGCAUUGGCACUCGCGCUCGCCAUCAUCAUUUCGAGAAGUGUACAUAACGUCAGGCAAACCGUGAGUCGAUCAGUUCUAUCUCCGCCAUUUGGAAGAACAAACCCGCAGAAUUUCGGUUUGGUUGCAGAACACAACAAAUUAGGUCCACAUUUCGGAACGCACAAUGAUUCCAAUUACGAAGCGGCGAUCUACUCCCCCAUCGGGCAGCUCAACCCAACGAAUUUAGGUAGAAACAGUUCCUCCACAGAAAAUUCUUCAACUGUUUACAACGAGCCAUUCUCGGACGACUCGUGCUCUGUUUGCUCAAGCCGGAAACCAGAAACGAUGUCAAAUCCGCCAGUCAGGAAAGUCGUCCCAGCCCAACAGGAUUACGAUAUUCCGAUCCGUUUACUUCCAACUGAGCGUAACACGAUCACGUCGCCGUCGGUGAACGUCUCCUUCAUGUCCCGGCUCUACACGCAUAUGAAUUGCAUUUCGAAUUCCGCCAACGAAAUGCCUCCAUUCUUUUCGCCAGACAUGGGCGGAUUCUACGCUACUGCAGACUUGUUGCAACAGCAAACUGAACCAUCGUCAACACGUUGCACUUACACACGAUUAGCUGAAAUUCCUUCAGCGACGUUGAAUCGUCUUGAACAUUUAUCGAGCGGGCAAUUCGGCGCUGAGGUAUAUUUGUGUCAGCUGAUUGAUGACUCAACGACAGCAAGCGUACUCACUCGUCACUUCCCGUCUUACUGGACAAAGGUUGACGUGGACAAGGAAUGCCAAGUGCUAAGCGGACUGCAGCACGACAAACUGUUAGCGCUUCUCGGCAUUGUAUCGUUAAAACAUGCCGAAGAUGGGGUCUCCUUAGUAUAUGCCUACGGAGACGUUGGAGAUAUGUACCAGUUUCUGCAAGAUCAUGUCGCAGAAACGUCGUCCCUUAGUGAAAGGAGCCUUAGCUACGGGUGCCUUAUCUAUAUGGCUAAGCAAAUUGCGGCCGCGAUGGAGUAUUUGGAAAUUCGGCAAAUCACUCAUCGAGACUUGGCCGCCAGGAACUGUCUUGUGGAAGCCAAUUACGUAGUAAAAAUCGCGUCUUUCGACAUUAGUAGCAAACGAUAUCCAGCCGAUUACUUUGCGAUGGAUGACGGUCGAUGCAUUCCUCUUAGAUGGAUGGCGUGGGAAAGUGUUACCCUGGGAAAACAUAGUUCAGCUAGCGACGUCUGGUCUUUUGCCGUUCUCUUGUGGGAGAUACUGACGUUCGCUCGGGAUCCGCCCAUUGAGGCUCUAACAGACAAAGAAGUGCUUAAUUUGCUAUUGCAUUACCAACAACAUGAAGGGGGAUUCAACGAGAUGUUGCUCGCCAGCCCGAUCCUUUGCCCCAAGGAGAUUUACGAUUUGAUGUGUGAAUGUUGGAAGUGUAACUCUUACGACCGGCCCACGUUUAAGGAGAUUCACAUGUUUCUGAUGCGCAAAAAUUUAGGAUACCAUCCCAACGAUAUAUAACCUAGCCAAAAGUGAAACGCGACAAAAGCAUGAAACUGAAGUAGACAGCGCAGCGGUAACUUCCUAAAUAUCAAAGGGAAGGCUAAGUCAACGACCAUCGCAUUAUCUGAAUUUGAAAACUAUGUGUCUUCACUAGUAUUAUAUGAAAAAUUAUUUUGCUUUUCUAAAAAAAUUCAGCUGCAAACUGUGCAGUAAAAAGUAUAUCAUGCGAUUGUUUUAAGGUAGGGCUUCGAACUAUAGGAAGGCCUUGCUGUCAUUGAUCCUAUGUCUCAUCAGUAACUUUUUUUUUCAAGUGGUCGUUGAAAAGUUCUGGCGCAGUUUGGAUUUUUCUUUAGUUAUUUUUGGAGAAAUCAUUUUCUAUCUUGUAUUGGAGGGUUAAAGAAAAAAGUCUGUUCCUGCUGUCCUCUAGCAAAUUCGGGGAAUUGGCAAAACGGCUCGGAACUUCCAGCAUGGGCUGCAUUAUUGUCAUUUUAAAGAAGCGAACGUUAUUAGCUAAAGCGACAAGUUACUCCACUUGCCAGUAAAAAAAAAAAUAAUAAUAAAAAGAAAGAAAGAAAAAGAACUUCAAUGCCACUCAAACUACCAGAACAAAAGUCACGAUGCUUGUGGUAGCGGCUAUCUACAGGCACAAGCCAAAUUGACUUCCCAAAUAUGUGCAGAGUUCACCUUUUCCAAGCAUUGAAAACCGAGGUGCAAUAGGAUUUUAAGAAUCCAUCCAGAACGUGUUGUUUGCAUCUGUUCCUAUACAAACACCACUUUAAUCAUGUCUUAGCCGUUUUGAUACAGUUGGUAUAACACCCACGAAAACUGUCCACAAUUGUUUGGUUUUAAGUUUUUAAAACUAGAUGAUGCCCCGCUUUUCUGUAACGAGUAGCUAACAUACUCACCCGGUAGCUUGCCUUUAUUCGAAAUAGGACAGCAUAUUUUACACAUCAGAUUAUCGUCUCACCUUGGCACAAGGGUAAAGCAGAUCAUUUAUGCAAAUGGUUUUAUUUUUCCUCUGUUUCUUGUGAAUUGCUAAGCGACUAGUGAAGUUUCAAAACAGUUAUUAUUGCACGUUGUCCUACUGUAAACAUUCACAAUCCCAUAAACAAUACAUUAAGCCUUCCAAUGUAUCACAU